CUUUAAAUGUUUACAUCUAAUGAUUUCAAUAAGAAGUGUUAAUAACAAUAGUGAUUGAAAUUUUUUAGAUGAAUUUGGUGAUGCUGUGCGAGGUGACUUUUUGAUUAUUUAUGGAGAAUGAUGGCACGUUCAGAUGCGCUCUGCAAUCAGUCCUUGCUUGAAGCAGGAGAGAGGCCCAUUGAGAGACCACUUGGUGAGCCUGGAGAUGUGAAGACGCAAUUCGUGACGAGGGAAGGCACCUACAGGUUGAUGACUCUAAGUGAAUAUUCCAGGCCCAAUAGGGUGGGUUAUCAGCCACAGGGACAAACUCCUCCACAGGUUAGAGUCUCCUUGGUGUCAUUACCAGAACAAGGUGAAAGGAUAUGUUUCAAUCAUGGACGAGAACUCUAUGUGUAUGUGUAUAAAGGUAUCAAGAAGGCAGCAGAUUUAAGUAAACCUCUUGAUAAGAAAGUGUAUAAAGGUGCUAAUCCAACAUGCCAUGAUUUCAAUGCAGCUUCAGCUAGUGCUGAUAGUGUUAGUUUAUUAAUAGGAUUUAGUACUGGACAGAUACAAUUAAUAGAUCCAAUAAAGAAGGAACUGCAUAAGUUGUUCAAUGAGGAACGUUUGAUUGACAAAACGCGCGUUACGUGUUUGAGAUGGGUGCCUGGUAGUAAAUCCCUAUUUUUGGCUGCUCAUGCUUCUGGACAACUUUAUGUCUAUAAUGAAGAAUUACCAUGUGGUUCCACCGCUCCCCAUUAUCAACCAUUUAAGGCAGGUGAGGGCUUCACAGUCAGCACUUGCAAGACCAAAUCAACUAGAAAUCCAUUGUUCAGGUGGCUAUUAGGGACAGGGGCUGCAAUUAACGAACUUGCUUUUAGUCCUAGUGGUGCCCAAUUAGCUGCAGUAUCUCAGGAUGGAUUGUUGAGGGUGUUUCAGUAUGAUAGUAUGGAAUUGUUGGGUACAGCGCGGUCGUAUUUCGGAGGUUUGCUGUGCGUGGCAUGGUCUAGGGAUGGGAAGCUGAUUGCUGUUGGUGGGGAGGACGAUUUAGUUACGGUGUGGUCAAUAGACCAUAAGAGGGUAAUUGCGAGGGCGCAAGGUCACAGGUCGUGGGUGGCGGCGGUUGCUUUUGACUGGUAUUUAGAAGCUGAAUCGUAUUAUAGGAUCGGAUCUGUCGGUCACGACACGCAGCUGUGCCUAUGGGAACUGCCUGAAGAUGCAUUAUCUCCACCAAGGCCAAAGGUCAAGAGGCAACCUGACCCUUUACAGUUGGUCGGCACGCCUGGAUGUCCACGUCUGAUGGAAUGUCAUAACUUGGAACCUCUGGUCUGCAAGAAGGUCGCUCACGAAAGACUGACCUCACUCAUAUUCCAACCCGACUGCGUCAUUACUGCUUGUCAGGAUGGCUAUGUCUAUACCUGGGCUCGUCCACCCAGUUAGAAUGAGGCUAUCAUGUAUGUUAUUAAGUAUGGCGGGCAUUUACAUAGUUUGCUAUGAGCAAAUUGCCUUUUUUCUUCUAUUUUCAAGUGUUCCUUAGGCAGAUUUAGUUUUAACUUAUAUAAGUAUAAAUAUUUAGGUUUUGUUUUUCAGGACUUUGAGCAGUAUAAUUAUAAAUAACAAUUGUAUAAAUAUAUAUAAUUACUAUGUGAGAGUAAAGAUUGCAUUACUCAGGAUCAUCCUCAAAUACAUAUAUUGUAUUGUAUAUUUUUUUAUGUAUAUAGCCUUAUGUAAGACUUUUGUACAUAAUUUUCCUAGUUUCAUAGACACUGCCAAAUAAUAUUAUUAAGAGUCAUAUUACGAUUUAA